AUGAUCAUUCUUUCAUUACCCGUGCCUGAAGGUAGAACAAUUGGAUAUGAAAAUACAAGUAAAAAAUUGUUUUCUGAUGUUGGAUUCAGAAAUUUUCUUGAUGAAAUAUCAUAUGAAAUUGUCGAUUGGCUUCGAAAUGAAGAAGCUAAAUAUCAAGCUGAUAUACUUGCACACGAAGUACAAACAUAUGUACGUCAAACAACACCAACACCUGAUACAUUAAAAGGAGCUGCUGUAGCUAUUGAAGGUGCUGGCAAGAAAGGAAAAGCAGCAACAGGAAAAAAAACACCGCCGGCUCGAUCACCAAGUGUUAGUUCUGAUAGUGGAAAUAGUUCGGAUGAAGAAAAAACAAUUCGUGAUGAUUAUGUACAUCCAACAUCAUUAAAAGCAUGGAAACAAAAAAAAGAUAAAGAAACUCAAGAACAGGAACAACAAGUUAAAGCAAAAAGACCACCAUCAGGUAAUCGAUCACCUAAAGUUAAAAGUCCACGAGCAGCUGAAAAAGCAGCUAAACCACCAACACCACGAGAUAAAUCUCCGAAAGGAACUAAAACAAAACGACCAACUAGUGCUACACCAUCUGAAAAAUCAGCAGGAAUGAAAACACCACAAGAAUCAAACGAACCUUUGGAACAAUUCAUUGGAUAUAGUCUUGGCAAUCGUUUAUUAAGUGCACAAUGUAAUACGUCUCAUUUACUUCUUCCUGAUGGAUGUUUCGUUCGAACACGUAUUGACACUCUUAAACGAGGAUCAACAUGUGUUUCAACUAGUUUAUAUCGAAAUAAAAGUUCAUAUACAGUACAAUUAAUUAAUCCAAAUAAAACUUCAAAUACUGAUAAUCAACCCUCAUCAAUAGAACAAAGCAAUACGGAUGAAACAACAAAACCAACAGAUGACAAUCCUCCAACUGCAACAACAGAAAAACAUGUUGCUGAAUAUGGUGUAUUUACAGCUAUACUCAAUUCAGGAAUGAUUCUAUCUUGUAGUAAUUAUGAUACUAAACCUCCGAAAGAAACACCUCCACCUGAACCACCAGCUCCUGAAAUACCAGUCGAAGAAAAAAUCGAAGAUAAAAAGAAAGAAGCAGCAGCUGCUAAAGGCAAGAAAAAAGGCAAAGCAGUUGAAGCUGAAACUCCACCACUUGAAAAACUACCAGCUGAACCACAAUACGAAGCUGAACCAUUUCAACGUUUAACUAUUUCAAUUCCAACUGGUCUUGUUCUUACAUAUUACCCGGAAACAUUUCUCGGUGUUAAACCAACGGAAGCUAAGCAACCUCAUAAACUUGUUGUUAAACAAUAUUAUCCAUGUCAAUCAAAAGGUUUUCAUACAUGUGAACAAUCACGUUUAACUGCAUAUGAAGAAAAUUCACGUAUUAUUGAUGCUGAAGGACAUGUUAUGAUAUUUAAACGUGAUGGAGAAGUAACUAUUCUUCAACCGGAUGGUGGAAUAUUUAUGAAAACAAUUGUACAUCAAAAUGAACCAGAAAUAGAAGUACCAACUGAAAGUCCACAAAGUGCUAAAAAGGAAACUAAAGGAGAUAUGAAAGGAAAAAAGAAAGGUGACACUAAACAUGAAACAGACGUAUCAACGAUUAUUGAAGAAGUUACACAACCUACUUAUCAAUGGAAAUGUGUUACUGCUGAUGGACAAUAUUUUAUACAAAAUUCAACAAAUCAAGAAUAUGAAAAAGUUGAUCAAUUAAGAUUAAUUCUUGAAACAAAUCCUAAAACAAAUGAGCAAGUCAUUCAUCGAGAAGACAAAGUAAUUAUUGUUUUUCGUUCUGAUGGAUCUCGAAUUGUUAGUUUUGCUGAUGGAACAAGAAUAACAACUUAUGAAGCAGUUGAACAGAAAAAUAAUAGUCCAACUAAUCAAGAAACAGAUGAACGUAAUAAUUCAAUGUUAGGCUUUCGAAAAAUCCCUCAUGUUAAAAUUGAAGCAUUGGGUUAUGCAACGGUCGCAUUCAAUUGUCAAACAACUGAUUGUCGUACCGUAUUUAAUGAUGGUAGUUCAAUAGAUGUUUUUGCAAAUGGUACUUAUUCAAUAUUUGAAAGUGAUGGAGAAAAAUUUGAUAUUAAUGAUAAUGGUGAUAUACUUUUGGAUUUUCAACAAUCAAUUUAUGCAAAACGUGUUCAAGAACUUUUAUCAAAUAUUGAACCAAGUAAAUGUAUUUUAUCACAAAAUGGUGAUCUCAUAUUUGAUGCUGUUGACUAUGAACAAACUCAAUAUUGUGUUGAAGCAUCCGGAGAAACAUAUUCAAAAGAAACUGAUCAACGUCAAAUAACGAAAACCUUGCCAUUAGAAAUGCAUGUACCAAGGUUUUUUAUUGUUCAUGAGGAUGGUAGUGGCACUGAAUUAUUACGUUUUAAAGAUCUUUAUUCAUAUUUACGAACAAUGGAUCUUGAUCCAAGUACAGCCGUUGUUCGUGAACCAUUAUUAAGUAAUCCAAAAGUAACUGGAGCUACUGUAAUGAGACCUUUUCAAGAUGAAGUUCAUCGUCGUUGGUUAACAUCAUUUGAUGAUGAUUCAGUUGUUCCUGCAAGUCUUCGUAAUUAUACAUCAGCAACAGCUAUGACUCGUAGUUACUCAUCAAUGUCAGGAAGUAAUAAUUCAUCAACAAAUAAUUUAAAUCCUCAAGAUAAUGCUAUUCUUCGACAAACGGGUAAAAAUAAUCAACAACAAUUUAAAUCUACAACAUUAACAACUGGUCUUUCAAAUCAACAACCAUUACUUGAAAUGCCUAAAGCACUUGAUUAUCGUAAUUUUAUGGAAUUUCCAAGACUUCAAGAUGAUAUUCGAAUUAAAUUAUUUACUUCAUUAAAAUCUUAUAUUGAUUUUGUUAAAAAUCGAGCUGAUUAUCAUACAAAAUUAUUACCACAUGAUAAUCGAAGUCGAUAUGAAAAAGAAAAAGCAACUAAAAUUUGGAAAAAUGUUCGACCACAAGGAACUACAAAAGAUGAUUUAACAUUAUUAUAUCUUAAAACUGUUCAUCCUGAUCGACAAAAAACAACAACACGUCAAUCAGUAGUACCACUAUCAAAAAAAUUUAAUCUCGAUCAUUUACAAGAUGAACUUCAACAAGAAAAAUUCAAUAAACAAUUAAAAAAUGAUAUAAAAAAAGGUAUAACUAUGCCUUAUUUUAAAAGUGAAUGGGGAAUGGCAUAUAUCCAACAACAACAACAUCACGAAACAGAAAAUAUUUUACCAAGAGAAUCCAAGAGUGCCGAAGCUAUUAAAUCAUCAAAUGGUAAUCAAAGUUUAAUGAAAUCUCCUCCAAAUUCUCCAUCUGAUCAACAAAAUCGAUUAUCACAAGUUCGAAAAUCUCAACCAACUCGUAGUGUUAGUACAGAAGCUGAAGAUAACAAAACCAUAGGUGGUUCUGGCCAACAUGAUCAAGAAGGUAUUUAUCGUCCUGUUAAACAAUUUAUAUCAACAAGAGGUUAUAUACAAUAUAACGCAUAUGGUAACAAACGAGCACAUCCGAUUAAAGUACCAAGUGGAUUGAAAGGUUCUCGACCAAAUGCAGAACCUCAUUCGCGUUUUCUGGAUAUGGAAGAACCUGUAAUGGUUCGACCAAAUAAUGCAUCGAUUGGUGCAGCUGCUCUUAAUAAUCGACCAUUAAGAGAAAGACGUGGUUGUGAACUUUUUCCUGAUAGAAUUGAUUUUGGUAUUUUAAAAGACGGUGUAACCUAUGGAGCAGAAAUCGAAAUAAAAAAUGUUGGUAUUGAUGCAUGUCGUUUUCGUAUUCGUCAACCACCAUUAGGUACUGGAUUACGAGUAGUCUUUCAACCAGGACUUCUUGCUGCGGGUAUGCGUCGACCUAUCAUGAUUGAACUUUACGCAAUUAUUAAACAAAAUCAAAAUCAAAGUCAACAACAACAACAACAACAACAAUCUCAAGGUCUUUAUCAAUUAGAUCAAUCAAUUGAAAUCAUAACUGAAACUGAUAUAAUGCAUUUUCCAAUUCGUGCAAAAAUAGCUAGUGAAGAACAAUUUGAUAUUAUGUUUGUUAACAAAGAUGAAACAGCUGGAAUGAAUAAAUCAAUUCGCUUGUUAGCUCGAAAAAGCUCGAAUUCAAAUGAUUGGUUUGCUAAUACGAAUGAAUGA